AUGAAGCCGACAGCACCGCAAGCUGCGAAGAUAACGCUAUUCGUAGCAUUGCUAUUUGCAAGUACGCCUAUAGAUGGCGCUAAGAAUGGAAAAUCGAAGGCUACAAAUACAACACUAACAACCACUAUAGCGAACGAUGAAAGCAAAGCAGUCUUGACGGACAAUCUCAGCAGUGACAGCACGAUCAACAACGCCACAAAAUUCAACGAAAAGGCAAGCUAUCCGAAGAAAGUGCACUCGCUGAAAAAGCGCCCCACGAAAACACCGACAAGCUAUGUCACCGCCUCGGCAAUGCAGAAUUCGAAAAACAAACGCAAGAAAGUGACCGAUGUAACGGCCGCUUUCAAGGAUUUGCCAGCAGACGACCUCGAAUUCAUUAAGGAGCUGGACAAGCAGUUCCAAUUGCAUGGUGAAAAGAUCAAAAUUAAAGUGGAACACGAUAACAGCACUGAGUCGGGGAAACAGAACAGCAAGCGCACCAUCGACGGCGAGUUGGGCUAUGGCGCAUACCCAGCACACAAUGGCUACCAGUACGAACGCCCCAAAUUCACGUUCUAUCCCUACUCUCAGCAGAAUAUACCAGCUGACGCGCCUGGCUACUAUCCACCUAAGACAGAUGUCAGCAUCGAACCCUCCUACUCCUACGAGUUACAACCGCAAAGCUAUGUGCAAGAGCAGAAACAUGGCGCACAGCAGCCAUCAGAAGUGCUUGAUGUGCCAAAGCAUGGCGCGCAUGGUGCGCAUGGCGGCUAUGAGGAGCCGGUAAUUGUUCUGCGUAUACCCGGACCAACGAAGUAUGCCUCACACUUGCAAACGCUGCUGCAGCAGUAUUUGGAGAUACGCGCCGCGCAAUAUCUACGCAUCUUAGAAGAGAAUGAGCUGCACAAGCAGCAGCAGCAACAUGCGCAGCAACAUUCGGCACAGCAGCACCAGCAAGAACAUUUAUUGCAACAAGAACAUAUACUGCAGCAACAACAACAGCAGCAACAGCACGAGCAACAGGCGCACUUUUAUGAACAACAAGCGCAACUACAGCAUGGCGGCGCACCAGCGCACGCCUACGCCGAACCCACACUCGAACUGCAACCACCGGCGCAUGAACAGCAUGCCGCACAGCAUGCACCAGCUGUCAAUGAGGAACACGGUUAUUCGCCGGAAGUGACGUACGCGCAUCAGCUAGCGCCCACGCCACAAGCGGUCGCCUACCCGGAAAUCGACGAAAUCUAUCAAGGCUACAAGGGUAAACUACACGCACCGCAGGCAACGCUGCAGCAACAACAACAACACCAUGAGCAACAACAGCAACAGCAAGUGGAGUACGCACCGCAGCAGCACGAAGAAGCGCCAGAGCCACAACAACAGCUGCAACAUGGCCAACAAUAUUACGUGCAAACCGCGCCGCCAUCCGCCAUUCAGCAAUUUUAUUACACGCCGAGCACGCAUGGCACUCAUCACUACCAGAAUGUGUACUUCAUGGCAAUCGCACCACAAAGCGGCUAUGCGACGACGCAUGCCGCGCACGCUGCUGCGCUACAACACCAGCCCAUCUAUGUGCAGGAGGAAGAGCAAGAAUUGCAACAGCAACACCACCAACACGAAGAAGCGCCACAUGAGCUAGCUGCCGCAGCGCAUGUUGAGAAUAAUCCACGUCAAACGCACACAAAAGUGAUUUACACGCAAAACAGCGAGAAAGGCGCCGCCGACUACACCGGCAGUUAUGCGUUGCCGUCAUUGCGUCCAUACGAGCGUCACGCAGCCGCUUACCACCACCAGCAGCAAUUGCAAGAACAACUGUUGCAUGAACACCAACAACAGCAGCAGCAUGAGCAAUUGGAGCAGCCGCAACAAUUCGACUAUGACGCACCACUGACGCAUGCGGCCUCAGAGCAUGAGCAUGAGCAACAGCGUUCGGCCGCAAUCAAACCGCAGCCGUUCAACUAUCAUGCGCAUGGCGCCAAGGCGUUGCGGCGCGUCAAUCGUAAGCGUGGCGCGCCUGCGCUGAAAACGACCACCGCUGCCACAACCGAUGUGCAGGAGGAUGAGCAUUUGCAGAAAAUACGCAAAUACGUGCGCGAAAAUUUGGGCGCUCAGAUGAGUACGGCGGUGGAGUUUAAGACAACGGCGUUGGUGAAGAGUUAAGUGGCGCUUUCUAAGACGCAUGCGCCUUGAACUAUGCUUAGCAAACACAAGUGAACAAGUGAAACACCUGCAAUGAUAAACUGACCCUUGCGCCUUGAACUAUGCUUAGCAAACGCAAGUGAACAAGUGAAACACUUGCAAUAAUAAACUGUUUGUUAAACAUUUUCGUUUUAUUUUUCAAGCGUA